AUGAAUCACUGUGCGAUUCAGCAAGGGAACGCCCUCUCAGCUUGCGAAGAGAUGCGGACUUGUUCACGAGACUCAGUCGUUUGUCCCAAACCUCGCCGUUUCGGCCUCCUCAACGCCACUCAUCACGAUCCCGUCAGAUCUCUCAGAUGGCAGCUCGGCCACCAAGCGGAGCUCUAUGAUUCAAAAGCAGGGUCUGAUAUUUUGGACAACCUCCUCACCAAGGGUUCUUUUGGUGUUGAACAGUUUUCAUGUACAGAAAUAGCCUCGCCGCACCCAUUUUUCAGCGGGUCGCCGCCGAGCAGAGUAGCUAACCCAUUAAUUCAGGACGCCCGAUUUGGGGAUGAGAAGCUCACCCCAUCCUCGCCACUGUCACCAACCCCUCACCCGUCGGGCCUCUCAUCGUCUCCAACAACUUCUGCAAGGAAAGGAAGCUUUGUUCGGGCCAGUUUUGGGAGCAAACCAGCAGUGAGGGUGGAGGGGUUUGAUUGCCUGGACAGGGAUCGACGUAAUUGCAGCAUCCCUACCCUGGCAUAG